UCUGUCACUGUGAGUUUAAUCCCCGGGGAUUGGAGUCGUGCUCAACUCUAACUGACUGCAUCAGUCCACGUUGUGUCUGAAGACAAGAGUUGCUUUGGUUCCUUUUCUACCACGAAAGAUUUGGACUGGCGAGUGCAUUUGUCCCAUCUCCAAGCCAACGGAGCGGCCAGGGCACAUGUGAAGCGGCUCUCGGCCUGGAUGUUCAUGCAGGGUCUGCUYGGUGCCGCUGGCAGCGUCCAACAUGGAGGCUCUCGAGGUUGAUGAUAUUAGCCCUGCCCUGGAAGUCACCGAGGACUUUUUCAAUAGUUUUGAUGCGAAGCUUGAUAAGAUUGUGCAGCCUUCGGAGGUGUUUGGGGUGCAGCAGGUCCCUGAGCUGGUCGGACGCGAGGUAUUCGAUCAGCUAACCGAGAGCAGGAACCUGAGGAACGUCGCCUCCUUGGCCAAAAGCGGCCUCCUCUGGGAUGGCUGCAAGAACGGGCUCGUGGAGAGCAAAGCGCCGGCCCCGUUCCCCGCCCGGGAGCAGCUGGCGGCGCGGCGGGGCAGGGCCGCCGACGUGAGCGCCCCGGCGCUCGACAUCUUCUCCCUGUGCCAGCGGCGGCGGGAGCGGCCCCGCUCCGUGAACGACCUGCUGGCGCCGAGCGAGGCGGCGGCCGCCUUCAAGCCGGCCCACGGGCGCUCCCGCUCGGACGCGAGCCGCGUGGACUGGGCCGCGCGGCAGCCGCCCGCCCCGCACGCCGCCUGCGCCCUGCUCUCCUACCUGGCGCUGGCCACGCGCGAGGACCUCCAGGGAAACACAGAACACCAGCCGACGUUUCCAAACAUCCUGAAGAAGGGAUACUUGGAAAUCCGAAGGGACGAUGACAGCUACUGGCAGAGCUGUUACGCCGAGCUCUCCCCGUGCGACCUGUGCCUGCACCGCCUGGACAGCAGCGGCAACGCGACGCUUCCCACGCUGUACCCGCUCGCGCGCUUCCAGAGGGUCGCGCUCACGGGCAGCGCUGAAGCCAAGGUGGUGGACGCGCUGCUCUCGGACAGCUCGCGGCUGCAGCUCAAGGCCGGCUCCUCCUGGGAGGCUUUGGACUGGGGGCAGAAGCUGUGGGAAGCGGUGCGCGCUGCCGGGCCGCCRUUCGGGAGGCAGCGGGAGACGCUGGAGAACGCGCCCAAGGCCGACGACAACAGCGACCUUCCACAAACCAACGGAUUGCUGGAGAAGCCCAUGGAGCUUUUCCUCUCCAUGAAUUUGACCGAAAAUACUAAAGAGUACCCAAAUAUUCUCAAAUCGGGGACUCUCUAUAGGUUGACUGUCCAGAAUAACUGGAAGGCAUUUACGUUUGUCUUGAAUAGAUCUUAUCUCAUGGCAUUCCAACCAGGUAGGCUUGACGAAGACCCUCUGCUGAGCUACAACAUCGACGUGUGCCUGUCGGUCCAGACGGACGCCCAGGAUGGCUGUGACUCCUGCUUUCAGGUCAUUUUUCCUCAGGACGUCCUCCGGCUGCGUGCGGAGACGCGCCAGAGAGCCCAGGAGUGGAUGGAGGCGCUGCGAGCGGCAGCCAGCGCUGCCMGGAGUUUGGGUCAGGACCUGCAAGUCACGCUUAGGAACAAAGCCGGAGAUCGGCCUUUCGGAAAGGACCUGAGGAAGAGCAAGCGCCAGUCGGUGACCACCAGCUUCCUGAGCAUCCUGACCACGUUGUCGCUGGAGAGAGGGCUCACAGUUCAGAGUUUCAAGUGUGCGGGCUGUCAGCGCUCCAUAGGCCUGUCCCACGGGAAAGCCAAGGUGUGCGGCUACAGCGGCUGGUACUACUGCAGCUCCUGCCACGUGGACGACACCUUCCUCAUCCCGGCGCGCCUCGUCCACAACUGGGACACCUCCAAACACAAGGUGUCAAAGCAAGCCAAAGAGUUCCUGGAAUAUGUGUACGAGGAACCACUGAUUGACAUCCAACAGGAAAAUCCCAUGCUGUACCAGCAUGUUGAACCUYUGGCAACUGUUGUGCGCCUGAGGCAGCAGCUAAAAUCUCUCCGGGCCUAUUUGUUCAGCUGCAGAGCAGCAGUGGCCGAAGACCUGCGUAGAAGGAUCUUUCCCAGAGAGUACCUUCUUCAGCAAAUCCAUCUUUACUCUCUUGCAGACCUCCAGCAGGUUAUUGAAGGAAAGCUGGCCCCUUUCUUGGGGAAGGUGAUCAAGUUUGCCACCUCGCACGUGUACAGCUGCAGCCUCUGUAGCCAGAAGGGUUUCAUCUGCGAGAUCUGCAACAAUGGAGAAAUCCUUUACCCCUUUGAGGACAUUUCCACCAGCAGGUGUGAAAGCUGCGGGGCCGUCUUCCACGCGGAGUGCAAAGUGAAGGCUCUGCCAUGUCCCCGCUGCGUCCGCAAGGAGCUGCAGAAGAAGCAGAAAUCCUUCUGGAGGCGACUGAAUAUGGACGAAAACUUUGAAGAGUCCUACAACAUGUUUGAGUUGUCCUACCAGAACACCUGACUGCCCCGGGGCGGCCCCAAGAGAGUCUCCUCCCCUGGUGCAGCUCAAGCGAGCUCUCGGCUCGGCCAGGCAGAAUCCCUUUUGCAGAAUAUUACCUGACCACCUUCCCCAUCUGUGAACAGCAGCUGCCGAAGUGGCCACGAAGCCCUUUUGGCUUGGAAAUAAUGGUGGCCAAAUUGCGUUUUGCAUUGAAGUCCGGCCAGUAGCGCUCAUACAAAAUGUGGUUUACUUGAAAUGCUUUAGCUCUAUCUAAUUAAGCACCCAACCUUUUCUUUUCCACGUCUGGAGAAGACUUUUCCUCAAGGCAGAGAAUAUUUCCUGCUGUGCCCAUGUUCUUAAUUAUUAUUUUUCAUGUUACUCAUUUAGAAUUGAUGGCUCAUCUGCUUAUUUAUCUGUAUUAUUUAUUCUUAGCCUUGGCAGAGGUUUUGGUGAGGUGUUUUACAGAACCCAAUGGGGCAGGAGUGGUUUUAAGCCCACAUGCUCCUUCUGACAUGGAUACGGAGUUGCAUUUCCUCAUGUUUCCAACUGGAGAACUAUUUUUCAAGGAUCARUGCAUUUAUUUGUCACUCCUCUCUGAGGAAAGAGAGAUAUCUCCCAUCAAAAACCCUACUUAAGAUGUUUGCAAGCAUAAGAUGCAGAAGAAUUCCCUUAGCUAUGUUUAUGUAUUUAUAACCAGCUCCUUGGAAUAUUACCUAAGCAGAUAAGCAGGGACCUUAGUGUGGUUUUGGCUCAGGCUGGGUUUAUGGUAACGAUCCAUCACUGAAGUCCAUUCAGUUUUAUGAUAGUUAUUCUUGAUCUGGCUGAGGCCACAUCCUCGACUCCAGUAACCCAAUGAUGUUUCUGACUUCCUGCUGGUCUCGUAUCUGAGGACGCCGUAAGUGUUCACUUGGGUUUUGUUUUUUCUCACAUGAAGUUUACUUGAUCUGCUUCUAACCUCAGCCUCCUAGACUGCUAGACAAAAAYGUGUCUUGUCCUUCCUUAGCUAGAGAAUAUCUCCAAAGCUGUGGAACGUAUUUAUUUCCCUUGCUGUGUUCGUGUGCAGUUUGUGUCCGUGCUCUCUGGAAGCUCCAAGGAUUUUAUACCUUCUAUGGUGACUUGCAUGGUGGAGAGAGGAAGUUCUUCAAGGUAUCGUUCUGCCUUACCUACCUGGCACACGGAGGAGUAUUAAACA